AUGUCAUCAAUACGACCAACAGUACCCAUGCUGAACGGCAACGUAUCAAAAGAGGUUCCAGUGCCCUCGUUCCACUCAAGCUCAGUGUCAACAGCUAGGCCGUCUGCUGCGCUGUCACACUCGCGUGUCCCUUCUAUGGCUUCUUGGACCAGACACGGUCCGAUCAUCAACUCCAGAAUUUCCGAAUUAAGGAGACAAGCCCUGGCAAGAGCUCAAGCAUCGCCAACCACAAGUUUACGUCGGUCGUCCUUGCGACCUAUGACGAGGCCCUCUUUGCCUUCUGCAACACCACGGCCAAUCUCAGCAAUACCACAGACAUCUCCAACUGCACCCCCGACAUUCCCGACAAUACAACGUCGGUUCGAACCUUCUUCUACACCCGUCAGUCUAGAAACGCCCCACGGUCGUGUGAAAAUCCAUUAUCCUAUGAUCAUGACCGACCAGAUCUUCCGAAACACGCGUAUGUGGAUGGACGUCUACCCUGACUGCGGAUACAACUUCCAAGUAGAAGCCUUUGUCGACCGAGCUGGUCAUGCUCCCGCAUCCAUAGAUUGCGGAACUUUCUUGACUCUCGAAGAGGCCAACCGUACUCUCCUCCAGACCUUCUCGGUAGCGCCAUGA